AUGACUUCACUGUGGCCCAAUACCCACUACCAUAAAGGUAGUAAAUACAUUCCCUGCCUGUGUAUCAGUGGAUGUUUACCUGUCCAUCAAUUUGUGUCCCUCCCUCCCUGUCUUCUCAGUGCUCUGGUGAUCACUGCUGUGUUUGACCGAAACAUCAACUGUCGUAGAGCUGCGUCAGUGAGUGACCUCUCUCUCUCUCUCUCUCUCGCGCUGUCGCUGUCGCUCUCGCUCUCGCUCUCUCUCUCUCUCUCUCUCUCGCUCUCGCUCUCUCUCUCGCUCGCUGUCUCUCUCGCGCUCGCUGUCUCUCGCGCUCGCUGUCUCUCUCGCGCUCGCUGUCUCUCUCACGCUCGCUGUCUCUCUCUCUCUCUCUCUCUCUCGCUGUCUCUCUCUCUCUCGCUGUCUCUCUCGCUCUCUCUCGCUCGCUGUCUCUCUCGCUCUCUCUCUCUCUCGCUCUCUCGCUCUCCGUUUUCAAUUCAAUAAAUCCAGGGAAUUAAUUGAAAUUCAAUUAAUACAUUUAAAAAACAUCAUUGAAAAUAAUGGGACAUUUUAUUUAUUUAUUCAUGAAUUGAAUUUUUAUUAACUUCCUGGAUUACCUGAAUUGACCCUAACCCUGUCAUUUCUGUCAGAUCUCACUACUGCCUAUAAUCUAACUUCUGUCUCUUUGACUCUAACCCUGUCAUUUCUGUCAGAUCUCACUACUGACUAUAAUCUAACUUCUAACUCUCUGUUGUUCUCCCUUCUCUCCCAGGCUGCCUUCCAGGAGAAUGUGGGAAGACAGGUUUGUGAACCCAGUUACCAAAACCAUAAGUUAUUAUUACAUGACUAAUGCUAUGAUACACAGUAAAUUAGAGUUGUAAUGAUCACCUACCAUCCAGGUCUAGCUGUAACGUGCCCUGACUGUCACUAAAGUCCUUCAAACAGAUCAACAACUGGUUGUAAUGAUCACCUACCAUCCAGGUCUAACUGUAACGUGCCCUGACUGUCACCAAAGUCCUUUAAACAGAUCAACAACUGGUUGUAAUGAUCACUUGCCAUCCAGGUCUAACUGUAACGUGCCCUGACUGUCACCAAAGUCCUUUAAACAGAUCAACAACUGCCAGAAAAAUGACAUUAUGUGCUGAUCAAGAGAUGCCUACACUGACUUGGCCACAGGCAUAGAUUAAUAUGCUUUGUGUGCCGCCAGCACUUACCAAGCUGGGCAUCAGAUCUAGUGACUAGUUAUCAAAAUGUGAUUACCAUUGGGAUUUCAUAUUGUUCAACUGCUCAUAUCAUUCAACUGUUCAUAUCAUUCAUUGUGGCUGAUAGCGUACACCAUGGGUUUACUGAUGGACACAGGUGUUUUUGCCUGAGACCUCGAGAUUUGUGUUAGCUCCCUGGUCUAAUGCAUAGGCUUUAGCACAGCGGUCUAACAGGAGACCUGGGUUCGAACCCUGCCGGUCACACUGAAACACUGUUCUCUUGGUACAUAAGUAAAACCAUAGAUCUGAUCCCUCUCUCUCCAGGGCACAUUCCCCUACGGUAUCGACAUAGUAGUAGCAGCUGACUACUUUGCUGUUGGGAACCUGAACAAUUGCUACCUGACCAUCAGGUGAGUUAAAGAUACUCUACAGAGCUUUUGCCUCUGGGGGAGCUCUUGAGCCAAAAUGGCCUCCUGAGGUUUCCAUCCAACCAUUUCAUGAGGAUGAAUUACUUGACGCUUGAAAAAGGUCACUACCGGGCUGAUGGAAACAAGACGUCGGUACAAUUUCAUAUUUGUCAACAGACAAUUUGUUUAUUCAACUUGGUGGGAUCUUUUUGUGUUGGUAAAAUGUAUUAUGUUAGAAAUGGCGGUGGAAACGCCUUUAUGCAAAAAUAUUGAUAUAAUAACCAUCAUAUGGAAGUAAACUUUGAGUCCUGCGAUGAUAUGCUGUGUGGUCCUCCCACUGCGACUCGGAAAAGCAUUCAGUUUAUUAGGCUACAUAUAAAAUAAGUUAUGAUGAACUUCACAGGGUGGUGAAAGUGCACGGUGAUGAGCUUAAUGCUCAUUUCCAAUAAAUAUCGAGGGUCUUAUUCUGGUGACAUGAUCGAUGCUUCAAUGCUUGGCUGCCGUUUGACAAAUAAAAAUAAUCUAGGUCUUAUCCAUAAUAAUCUCAUCAUGUAGGCUAGCCUACCCGCAUUGUAUCUGCGAGCUGUUGGCCAGAGCGCACGUGCCAAGACCAAAGUUGACAAAACCAUCGGUAGAAUUGAAAAACGCGAUGGAAACCCAUUUUAACUUGGGAACUUAAACUGCAAAAGUAAUUUCUAUGUGCACUACGUCACUGAUUGCGUCUGAAAUGGCGUCCUAUUCUCCCUUCUUAAAAGUAGUUCACUAGGGUGCCAUUUCAGACGCAGUCCUGCCUCACUGUGGAAUGGGACCGUCGCCAUCCUAACCCUAUGGGUGACGUUUCUACCACCACCUGUACUGUCAGAGUAAACAUUCCUCCCACGUCACGGAGCAAACCGUGUUAAAGAAUGUAGCCCCGGGGUAGACUUACUACACUUCUGACUGUAGCAGCAGAUUACUGUUGAGGCCCAAGAUGUUGUUGAGGAAAUAAACUGAGAAUAUGUACUGUAGAGUGACGCUAAAUGUUGUUGUAAAGCAGCCUUCAAAUAUCUGUGUCCAGUACUGUAGUUAGGGUUAGCUGUGUCCAGUACUGUAGUUAGGGUUAGCUGUGUCCAGUACUGUAGUUAGGAUUAGCUGUGCCCAGUUCUGUAGUUAGGGUUAGCUGUGUCCAGUACUGUAGUUAGGGUAAGCUGUGUCCAGUUCUGUAGUUAGGGUUAGCUGUGUCCAGUACUGUAGUUAGGGUUAGCUGUGUCCAGUACUGUAGUUAGGGUUAGCUGUGUCCAGUUCUGUAGUUAGGGUUAGCUGUGUCCAGUACUGUAGUUAGGGUAAGCUGUGUCCAGUUCUGUAGUUAGGGUAAGCUGUGUCCAGCACUGUAGUUAGGGUUAGCUGUGUCCAGUACUGUAGUUAGGGUUAGCUGUGUCCAGUUCUGUAGUUAGGGUUAGCUGUGUCCAGCACUGUAGUUAUGGUUAGCUGUGUCCAGUACUGUAGUUAGGGUUAGCUGUGUCCAGUACUGUAGUUAGGGUUAGCUAUGUCCAGCACUGUAGUUAGGGUUAGCUGUGUCCAGCACUGUAGUUAGGGUUAGCUGUGUCCAGCACUGUAGUUAGGGUUAGCUGUGUCCAGCACUGUAGUUAGGGUUAGCUGUGUCCAGCACUGUAGUUAGGGUUAGCUGUGUCCAGCACUGUAGUUAGGGUUAGCUGUGUCCAGCACUGUAGUUAGGGUUAGCUGUGUCCAGCACUGUAGUUAGGGUUAGCUGUGUCCUGCACUGUAGUUAGGGUUAGCUGUGUCCAGCACUGUAGUUAGGGUUAGCUGUGUCUAGCACUGUAGUUAGGGUUAGCUGUGUCCAGCACUGUAGUUAGCUGUGUCUAGCACUGUAGUUAGGGUUAGCUGUGUCCAGCACUGUAGUUAGCUGUGUCCAGCACUGUAGUUAGGGUUAGCUGUGUCCAGAACUGUGGUUAGGGUUAGCUGUGUCCUGCACUGUAGUUAGCUGUGUCCAGUACUGUAGUUAGGGUUAGCUGUGUCCAGAACUGUAGUUAGGGUUAGCUGUGUCUAGUACUGUAGUUAGGGUUAGCUGUGUCUAGUACUGUAGUUAGGGUUAGCUGUGUCCAGCACUGUAGUUAGCUGUGUCCAGCACUGUAGUUAGGGUUAGCUGUGUCCAGCACUGUAGUUAGGAUUAGCUGUGUCUAGUACUGUAGUUAGGGUUAGCUGUGUCCAGCACUGUAGUUAGGGUUAGCUGUGUCCAGCACUGUAGUUAGGGUUAGCUGUGUCUAGUACUGUAGUUAGGGUUAGCUGUGUCCUGCACUGUAGUUAGGGUUAGCUGUAGUAGUAGUUGCUAUAAUAUUACCUGUAGUAGUAGUUGUUAUAAUAUUACCUGUAGUAGUAGUAGUAGUAGUUAUAAUAUUAGUAGUAGUAGUAGUAGUAGUAGUAGUAGUAGUAGUUAUAAUAUUACCUGAAGUAGUAGUUGUUAUAACAUUACCUGUAGUAGUUGUUAUAAUAUUACCUGUAGUAGUAGUUGUUAUAACAUUACCUGUAGUAGUAGUUGUUAUAACAUUACCUGUAGUAGUAGUAAUUGUUGUUAUAACAUUACCUGUAGUAGUAGUAGUAGUAGUAGUUGUUGUUAUAACAUUACCUGUAGUAGUUGUUGUUAUAACAUUACCUGUAGUAGUAGUAGUUGUUAUAACAUUACCUGUAGUAGUAGUAGUAGUAGUAGUAGUAGUAGUAGUAGUAGUAGUAGUAGUAGUAGUAGUAGUAGUAGUUGUUGUUAUAACAUUACCUGUAGUAGUAGUUGUUGUUAUAACAUUACCUGUAGUAGUAGUUGUUGUUAUAACAUUACCUGUAGUUGUUAUAACAUUACCUGUAGUAGUAGUAUUAGUAGUAGUAGUAGUAGUAGUUGUUAUAACAUUACCUGUAGUAGUAGUAGUAGUAGUAGUUGUUAUAACAUUACCUGUAGUAGCAGUUGUUAUAACAUUACCUGUAGUAGUAUUUGUUCACCCUGUUAUAAUAUUACCUGUAGUAGUAGUUGUUAUAACAUUACCUGUAGUAGUAGUAGUAGUAGUAGUAGUAGUAGUAGUAGUAGUAGUAGUUGUUGUUAUAACAUUACCUUUAGUAGUAGUAGUUGUUGUUAUAACAUUACCUGUAGUAGUAGUUGUUAUAACAUUACCUGUAGUAGUAGUAGUUGUUAUAACAUUACCUGUAGUAGUAGUUGUUAUAACAUUACCUGUAGUAGUUAUAUCAUUACCUGUAGUAGUAGUUGUUAUAACAUUACCUGUAGUAGUAGUAGUAGUACUUGUUAUGACAUUACCUGUAGUAGUUAUAACAUUACCUGUAGUUGUUAUAACAUUACCUGUAGUAGUAGUAGUAGUACUAGUAGUAGUAGUAGUAGUUGUUAUGACAUUACCUGUAGUAGUUAUAACAUUACCUGUAGUAGUAGUAGUAGUUGUUAUAACAUUACCUGUAGUAGUAGUUGUUAUAACAUUACCUGUAGUAGUAGUUAUAUCAUUACCUGUAGUAGUAGUUGUUAUAACAUUACCUGUAGUAGUAGUAGUAGUAGUUGUUGUUAUGACAUUACCUGUGGUUGUUAUAACAUUACCUGUAGUAGUAGUUAUAGCAUUACCUGUAGUAGUAAAAUAGUAAUAACCUCUUGUCUCGUUCUCUUCAGUGUAUACAUCGCCAGUUUCCCUGAAUACACCAGGCCCAUGAUAGACCACUUGGUAGCCAUGAAGAUCAACCACUGGGACGGGUAAGGGCCUUUCCUGUCCUCCUCCAUGUCCUUUAGACUUUAAUCAAAUACUUUCAAAUACUGUACUUGAUUUAGUUUGCCCGCUACCAUGGAACCAAUGGAAUAGUCCCAGAAGCUAAAUCAAGCUCACCUCAAGUUAGUAUUUGGAAGUAUUUGUCAUAUGUGUUUGGCCCAGGUCUGAUAUCCGUAUGCAGACAUUCGUACUGUGUGUAGCCUAUUAGUGUUGAAACUGUUGUAUGUAAUGGAGAAGGUGAAAUUCUCCUCUGCGUGUUUCUCUGUUGUGUUGCAGGGUGAUCCGUGAGCUAGCGACAAAGGCUCUGCAUAAUCUGACGCCUCAAGCACCUGAUUAUAUGGCCGCAACAGGUGAGCUAUGUCAUUCAUCCUGUUCCCUACCCGCUCUAACGCAACACAGCUUUGACGUCGUUGUCUUACUGUGGAAUGGACUGGGUGACGUUCAGCUGCAAUCACUGUUGUUGUGUCUGGGUCCUUACAUCUGUCAAGUUAUUAUUAUUAUUAUUAUUUUUUAUUUUUUUAGAAUGGUAUUUUAUUGAACACAUAGGGAACACACAGAGAGAGGUCAAAGGGCAUUAGGCCAGAUUGGACACUAUGGCGACAUCGUAGAAGUGUGCCGGAGGCUGCGGCAUUACAGGUAGACCAGCCAGGCCACAAAUCAUUCAGGUUAUAUUCAAAUAUAUUAACCACACCCACACCUCUGCCCUGUUGAUGUUCUGUCAGGUGUCCCUGCAAGGUAUGAAAAAGACACACAAUUAUUGAGUUAGAAUUACGUUUUAUAUUUGGAUUAUUAUAUUUUCAGUUAUGCCUCAGCUGCUGCCCGUUGCGUUGGGCAUUGAUCUCCACAGUCGCCAUGGCGCCAUUCUGGCAUCUGCUGAGAUCAGCCACGCCCUCUACAAGCUGGCCAAUCAGAACAACAGGUACUGAAACCUCACCUCUCAACCAGCCAAUUACACUAUUGGCCGUACUUAUAGGAAAACCACAUGAACGUUGUUAUGUAAUAAAUCCAUCCACAAUGACAGCUUUUGUUUUGCAUAUCGACCCGUGAUUUGACUUCCUGAUUUGACUUAAGCCCUUGGCUUCUAUAAGGUCAUAGGUAAUUGACUGUCUCUAUCUAUUGUAGACCCAACUGUGUGUGAGAUAUGUGCUAUCUGGGGGGAUUGAACAUUUCUGUUGUUCGCUGGAACAUAUGGACAAUAAAAUUGAAUUGCAUUGGAUUGUAGACCGGUGACAGAGCUCAUCUCUUCAGACUGUGUGGAUGGACUCAAGAGCAUUCACCAGAGGGUUAGUUCACUUCUCUCUUGCUACUCUCUCUCUCUCUCCUCUCCUCUCUCUCUCUCUCUCUCUCCUCCUCUCUCUCUCUCCUCUCUCCUCUCUCUCUCUCUCUCUCCUCUCUAUCCUCCUCUCUCUCUCCCUCUCCUCUCUCCUCCAUCUCUCCUCUCUCCCUCUCCCCUCUCUCUCUCCCCUCUCUUUCCCUCUCUCCUCACUCUCCUCCUUCUCUCUCUCUCCUCUCUCUCUCUCUCUCUCCCUUUCUCUCUCUCUCUCUCUCUCACUACUCUCUUCCUCUUUCUCUCCUCCGGUGUCUUUUCACCCACAUGUAUGUUGUCUCAAGUGUUGACCAUUCACCUGAGUCAGUUGUACCAAAAUCAAAUCAAAUUGUAUUUGUCACAUGCGCCAAAUACAGCAGGUGUAGUAGACCUUACAGUGAAAUGCUUACUGACAAGCCCUUAACCAACAAUGCAGUUUUAAGAAAGAAUACCAAUUAAAAAUUUUUUACAAAGAAAUACAAAAUCAAAUAAUAUUAAAUAAAAGUAACAAAUUAAAGAGCAGAAGUAAAAAUAACAAUAGCGAGGCUAAAUACAGGGGGUACCGGUUGAUGUACGUAGGUACAUGUUGAUGUUGACCAUUCACCUGAGUCAGUUGUACCAACAUACAGUACCAGUCAGAAGUUCUACAUUGUAGAAUAAUAGUGAAGACAUUAAAACUACGAAAUAACACAAAUGGAAUCAUGUAGUAACUAAAAAGUGUUAAACAAAUCAAAAUAUAUUUUAUAAUUGAGAUUCUUCAAAGUAGCCACCCUUUGCCUUGAUUACAGCUUUGCACACUCUUGGCAUUCUCUCAACCAGCUUCAUGAGGUAGUCACCUGGAAUGCAUUUCAAUGAACAGGUGUGCCUUCUUAAAAGUUAAUUUGUGGAAUUUCUUUCCUUCUUAAUGCGUUUGAGCCAAUCAGUUGUGUUGUGACAAGGUAGGGGGGUAUACAGAAGACAUGUUGAUGUUGACCAUUCACCUGAGUCAGUUGUACCAACAUAGGUACAUGUUGAUGUCGACCAUUCACCUGAGUCAGUUGUACCAACAUAGGUACAUGUUGAUGUCGACCAUUCACCUGAGUCAGUUGUACCAACAUAGGUACAUGUUGAUGUCGACCAUUCACCUGAGUCAGUUGUACCAACAUAGGUACAUGUUGAUGUUGACCAUUCACCUGAGUCAGUUGUACCAACAUAGGUACAUGUUGAUGUUGACCAUUCACCUGAGUCAGUUGUACCAACAUAGGUACAUGUUGAUGUUGACCAUUCACCUGAGUCAGUUGUACCAACAUAGGUACAUGUUGAUGUUGACCAUUCACCUGAGUCAGUUGUACCAACAUAGGUACAUGUUGUUGUCUUUAAAGUUGUACAUUAGCAGUCUUUUCAUCAUGUGUUUUAUGUCUUCCAGCUAUUUGACAGAAAGCAGUACAGGUAAGCACUGUUGUUUUCCUCUUUCUCCUCAUUCUGGUUUGGACUGUUUCAGGAGUUCUAAUGCCCCUUUAAAGGUUUCAGACCAGUAUGUUGUGCAACCGCAAAAAAAUGUUGGGGUGUACACGUGUGCUGUUGUCUCCUGUCUGUGUAGGGGCUUUGGUGGUGAGCUGAUGAGGCCUGCAGUCUGUUCUCUCAUUGAGAAGAUGUCCCUCUCCAAGAUGCCUUUCAAGGACGACCCUGUCAUCAGUGAGUUUUCAUUUCGUUGAUAUUCAGGCCUUAUCUGAAUGAUUCCUUCAUCUAGCAGGGUUUCUCAAUAGGCGGCCCACAGGUCAAAUACAUCCUGCGGGUCAUUUUACGGUAUGUGUUUUCAGAGAUUUUAUUAGAUUUUUUAAAAAUCAUUUUCGUUGUUGGACAUAAAAGACUGUAAAAUCACCAGAAAAACUUUUUGAGAAAUCUGUUCCCAAGUAUUCCCACGCAUAAAUAGAGGCAUAUGUGAUCGUAUCCCAAUGUAAUCAAGGUUUGAAAUUAUUCUGUUUUUGUCAAAUACUACAUCUAUUUGGGAUUCUCGCGGUCAAUUUGCAGUAUACAAAUUAUUUAUAACUAUGUUCCGGCCCCCCGACCAUCCGCUCAAGAAGAAAUCGACCAGGGGUUGAAUGUAAUUAGGGACCGUAUAGCAUCAAUAAACUGGCUAUUAUCUUCCUGAAGGUUUUGUUGGAACAGGAAAAGGGUUAUACCUGGGCUAUAGUUAACAAAGAGCUGUCUAACAGAGAGCUGUUUAACAGUAGUAACCACUUGUUUUAUCUGUUGUCAUGGUUAUACCUGGGCUGUGUUUGUUAAUGAUUAACAGAUGGUGUAUAAUAAUGGACAAGCCACGCCCCACCGUUAGAGCCAGGAGGGGCAGUACUGUACUGUUCAAACCACUGACACGUCAUGACAGAGUAAACCCUGUCUGUUUCAGCUGGCUGGCAGUGUCUCUGUACUGUUCAAACCACUGACACGUCAUGACAGAGUAAACCCUGUCUGUUUCAGCUGGCUGGCAGUGUCUCUGUACUGUUCAAACCACUGAAACGUCAUGACCGAGUAAACCCUGUCUGUUUCAGCUGGCUGGCAGUGUCUCUGUACUGUUCAAACCACUGAAACGUCAUGACAGAGUAAACCCUGUCUGUUUCAGCUGGCUGGCAGUGUCUCUGUACUGUUCAAACCACUGAAACGUCAUGACAGAGUAAACCCUGUCUGUUUCAGCUGGCUGGCAAUGUCUCUGUACUGUUCAAACCACUGACACGUCAUGACAGAGUAAACCCUGUCUGUUUCAGCUGGCUGGCAGUGGCUGAUAGACGACACCUUGAAGAGCCUCCACCUCAUCUCACCUGGACCUAGGGACGGUAUCAAGGUACAGUACAGCAUUCUACACACACACACACACACACACACACACACACACACGUUUGUUUUACUAUUCUUGUGAGGACCAAACAAUUGAUUCCCAUUCUAAAUCCUAUUUUCCGUAACCCCUAAACCUAACAAUAACCUUAACAGACACACACACACACACACACCAUAUUGUGAAAUCCCUUUAUUGUGGGAUUUAUAUUGUACAGUGCCUUUGGAAAGUAUUUUCCACGUUUUGUUAGGUUACAGCCUUAUUCUAAAAUGUAUUUAAAAAAUGUUUUCCCCCUCAUCAAUCUACACACAAAAACCCAUAAUGACAAAGCAAAAACAGUUAAAGAAAUCUUAGCAAAUUUUGCAAAAAACGGAAAUAUCACAUUUACAUAAGUAUUCAGACCCUUUACUCAGUACUUUGCAGCCUCGUCUUCUUGGAUAUGACGCUACAAGCUUGGCACACCUGUAUUUGGGGAGUUUCUCCCAUUCUUCUCUGCAGAUCCUCUCAAGCUCUGUCAGGUUGGAUGGGGAGCAUUGUUGGACAGCUAUUUUUAGGUCUUGCCAGAGAUGUUCUAUCGGGUUCAAGUCCGGGCUCUGGCUGGGCCACUCAAGGACAUUCAGAGACUUGUCCCGACGCCACUCCUGCGUUGUCUUGGCUGAGUGGUUAAGGUCAUUGUCCUGUUGGAAGGUGAACCUUCGCCCCAGUCUGAGGUCCUGAGUGCUCUGGAGCAGGUUUCAUCAAGGAUCUCUCUGUACUUUGCUCCGUUCAUCUGUCCCUCGAUCCUGACUAGUCUCCCAGUCCGUGCCGCUGAAAAACAUCCCCACAGCAUGAUGCUGCCACCACCAUGCUUCACCAUACUGAAUGUGCCAGGUUUUCUCCAGAUGUGAUGCUUGGCGUUCAGGCCAAAGAGUUCAAUCUUGGUUUCAUCAGACCAGAGAAUCUUGUUUCUCAUGGUCUGAGAGUCUUUAGGUGCCUUUUGGCAAACUCCAAGCAGGCUGUCAUGUGCCUUUUACUGAGGAGUGGCUUCUGUCUGGCCACUCUACCACAAAGGCCUGAUUGUUGGAGUGCUGCAGAGAUGGUUGUCCUUCUGGAAGGUUCUCCCAUCUCCACAGAGGAACUCUACAGCUCUGUCAGAGUGACCAUCGGGUUCUUGGUCACCUCCCUGAUGAAAGCCCUUCUCCCCCGAUGGCUCAGUUUGGCCGGGUGGCCAGCUCUAGGAAGAGUCUUGGUGGUUCCAAAUUUCUUCCAUUUAAGAAUGCUGGAGGCCACUGUGUUCUUGAGGGCCUUCAAUGCUGCAGAAUUAUUUUGGUACCCUUCACCAGAUUUGUGCCUCAACACAAUCCUGUCUCGGAGCUCUACGGACAAUUCCUUCGACCUUAUAUAGACAAGUGUGGGCCUUUCCAAAUCAUGUCCAAUCAAUUGAAUUUACCACAGGUGGACUCCAAUCAAGUUGUAGAAACAUCUCAAGGAUGAUAAAUGGAAACAGGAUGCACCGGAGCUCAAUUUCGAGUCUCAUAGCAAAGGGUCUGACUACUUAUGUAAAAAAGGUAUUUCUGUUUUUUUAUUUUUAAUAAAUUUGCAAACAUUUCUAAAAACCUGUUUUCGCUUUGUCAUUAUGGGGUAUUGUGUGUAGACUGCUGAGGAUUUGUAUUUAUUUAAUCCAUUUUAGAAUAAGGCUGUAAUGUAAAAAAGUGGGAAAAAGUCAAGGGGUCUGAAUACUUUCCGAAGGCCCUGUACAUAGCGAACACAACAAAUACAACUGUUUAUUAUGGACUCUCAUGACAUCAAGUUGGCAUACGCGACGCACUGUAUAAUGGUUUAUGUGUAAUGUGGUCCUCCCCCCCUGUAGGAGGCAGCGGUGUCAGCACUGGCAGCACUGUGUGAGCAGUACUACCAGCCGCAGCCAGGCAUGGCUGACCCCCAGAUGCAGAGUGGGUAGCAUGGGGGGAUACUGUACCAUUUAGAAGGCUUCAUAAAAAUUUGCCAUACCUUACACAGUAUUCUGGAUUCCUCUAACUCUAACUCCUGUGAUCUAAUCUGUCUGUCCGCCUGUGUGUGUUUUCUGUGUGUAGAGGUCCUGGUGUCCCAGUAUAUAGCAGGGUUAAAGAGUACGGAGGUAUUGACCCGGUGUGGCAGUGCACUGGCCCUGGGUUCUCUACCAAGGUUCAUGAUCCAUGGAAAACUACACCAGGUACUAUACAUCUGUUAGUUAAUAACACUACACCAGGUACUAUACAUCUGUUAGAGUUAAUAACACUACACCAGGUACUAUACAUCUGUUAGAGUUAAUAACACUACACCAGGUACUAUACAUCUGUUAGUUAAUAACACUACACCAGGUACUAUACAUCUGUUAGUUAAUAACACUACACCAGGUACUAUACAUCUGUUAGAGUUAAUAACACUACACCAGGUACUAUACAUCUGUUAGUUAAUAACACUACACCAGGUACUAUACAUCUGUUAGAGUUAAUAACACUACACCAGGUACUAUACAUCUGUUAUAGUUAAUAACACUACACCAGGAACACGUCAACAGCCUGAUUCAGUAUUAUACUGAUAGAUUAUGCUGACAUGUUGGGGUGAGCAACCUCUUUUCACUAUGACCAUAUUCUAUUAUAGUAGCAUUCUACACAGUGCCUCAGGUCAGUUUCAGCACCACACUUCGUCAGACUACCUUUGAAACGUGUGUUUGUGUGUGUGUCAGAUCCUGUCAGGUCUUCAGCAGAGCUGUAGUCAGAGGGAGGUAUGCUUCACUGAGGCCAGGAGAGAUGCUGCCAAGGCCAUGGCACAGUGA